AUGUCACUCUACAGGGUUUGUCUUGCAGACCUGCUGAGCAGGAGACAGAAGGAGAUGAUUUCCAAGAGCACUGGCUGUGACUAUCAGACUCGUCCCAUUAAAUGCCCAGAGAGGGACUUUUACCGGACCAUCACUGGGGAGUGCAACAACAGAAAUCACUCCCACCUGGGGUCCUCCAACCGCGCCUUCGCGCGCUGGCUCCCAGCCGUGUACGAAGAUGGAGUGUCUGUUCCCAGAGGAGCAAGUGAAGGAAAGCGCUACAAUGGAUUCCCGCUCCCGCUGGUUCGAAAAGUCUCCAAUGAAAUUGCUCACACGGCCAACGAGAACGUCACUGCAGACCGGCAGCUCUCGCUGGUCUUCAUGCAAUGGGGCCAGUGGGUCAACCACGACAUAGACUUGGCCCCUGCCAGUGGGGAAGGAGCCAGCCUGGAGCUCCAGUGCCACACCAGCUGUGCCUUCAAGCCCCCCUGCUUCCCCAUUAAGUUCCCCCCUGAUGACCCGCGGGCGCUGAGCCCCAACACCUGCAUGCCGUUCGUGCAGUCGGCCUCCGCGUGCAGCCCUGGCGCGUUCCAGCGGGAGCAGCUCAACGCCGCCACGUCCUUCAUCGACGCCAGCACCGUCUACGGCAGCGACGACGCCCUGGCCAGGAGCCUGAGGAACCUCAGCAGCCAGCUGGGCCUCAUGGCCGUGAACCAGCUCUUCUGGGACGCGGGGCUGGAGCUGCUGCCCUUUGAGAACACGACGCACAGCGUUUGUGUGCUCACCAACAGGAGUGCCAACAUCCCCUGCUUUAAAGCAGGUGACAAACGGGUGACAGAAAACCUGGGACUCUCUGCAAUGCACACUCUCUUUGUCCGAGAGCACAAUCGCCUGGCUAGGGAGCUGAGGAAAUUAAAUCCUCACUGGGAUGGGGAAAAGCUUUACCAGGAGAGUCGAAAGAUUGUGAUUGCCAUAAACCAGAUCGUAACAUACAGAGAUUACCUCCCACUCCUGCUGGCUGAGGAGACCAGCAGGUGGAUCCCUUUGUACAGUGGUUACAAUGAAAAGGUGGAUCCGAGGGCCUCAAAUGUUUUCUCCCUGGCUUUCCGAUUCGGCCACACGUCGGUGCAGCCUUUUGUGUCCCGUUUGAAUGAGAGCUUUCAGCCUUUGUGCUCCUCCUCCCACGUCCCUCUGCAUUUGACCUUCUGUGCUCCAUGGAGAAUUGUAAUGGAAGGAGGCAUCGACCCCCUGAUCCGAGGCAUGGUUGUGGACCAUGCAAAACUGAUGGAACAGAACCAGCUGCUCAUUGAGGAGCUCCAGAACCACCUCUUUGAACAGACAGAGGUGAUGGGUCUGGAUCUAGGAGCCAUGAACAUGCAACGGGGAAGAGACCAUGGCCUUCCAGGUUACAAUGCCUGGAGGGGCUUCUGUGGGCUCUCCCAACCCCAAACUGUAGAAGAACUGUCUGAGGUACUGGGCAAUCCCAAACUGGCCAAGAAGUUCAUGAAUGUGUAUGGGACACCGUACAAUAUUGACCUGUGGAUUGGGGCAGUUGCAGAGCCCGUGGUUCCCCAGGGCAGAGUUGGGCCCCUCCUGUCCUGCAUUAUUGGCACCCAGUUCAGGAACCUGCGAGAUGGGGACAGAUUCUGGUGGGAAAACCCAGGAGUUUUCACUCCACAACAGUUGCAAGCAUUGAGAAAAAUCUCAGUGUCAAGGGUGAUCUGUGACAAUACUCAUAUCAAAAAGAUACCCAGGGAUGUGUUCAAGAUCAACACUUAUCCUGAGGACUUCACUGAUUGCCAAGAGAUUGAUGUGCUCGACCUCUCAUCCUGGAAAGAGGAGCCUGAGAGUGCCACAAAAGUUUCUAAUCCUACUCAUCAGACCAGCGUUGGAAACCCCUAAUGGUGGCACUGAGCUGCUCCUGGGAAACUCCUGCCUGGACAUCAGGCUCCAGUGGCUGCUGCUGACUGAACAUCAGCACAUGGUUUCCCAGAGGGAAGAUCAAGACUAUGCAUUCUGUUUUAUUUACUGUAAUGUGAUUUUUUAAAAAAUAUCAUUUAUUUGAAAAAAAACUUUCAGUAAUGUAAGUCUUCAGAUGAAAGGGCAAUGAUAUUUUAUUUUCUGUUGCCCUAAAGAAUUGAUCAGAGGCUUUCUGACUCUCUAAAAAUGUAAUUAUGACAAGAUUUUUUACUUCCCAUCCUGAAUGGCUGUCAAACCUGCAUGCUGGCAUGCUUGCAUUGCAAAAUCAAACUCCUUAUCCUUUUACCUGCUCAGAAAUUAGCACAUUCAUGUAAUCUUCACCAAAACUUUCCCAAUCUCCUGGUUUUGCACAAGAGAAGGAGCUGUUUAGGCCGCUCCUAAUCAGCAGUGAGAUUUCAGCCUUUGAAGUCACUGAAGCAUGGCAGGUGCAUCUU